UCCGAGUUAUUAAGCUAGCUCCGCUACUGUGUUCAUGUCGUUAGACGCCGUAAACGUCGCCGCGUCGCUCCGGACUACGAACCAAAAGACACCAUGAAAACGUCAAAGGCUCCCAGCGGCGCCGAAACGGUCGAAAAUUAAGACGUCGUCGUCAGGAGCGACGGUCGGACCGAGAGGCGGAAUGUCAACAACGCGGCCCCUCCUCGGAAUGAGACGAGUCACCGAGCUAACGUGCCCGGAGCAGCCGACCAGCAGGCUCCCUGCGUCAGCCGGCAGGCAGCAGCAAGAGGCCCCCACCGUGGACGAGUUCACGGUGCUGGAGGAUAAAGAAGAGGAGCUGAAAUGCGCCAAGCCUCGGGUGGAGCAGGUUUUCAAAGUGACGUUCACCAUUAUCGGUCUGUUGGACCACACAGGACAGCAGCACGGCAGCAAAACAUUACGGCAGAUAUGGCUGCAGCUCCGAGGCAACAGAGACGACGUGUCCAAGGCAAAGGAAUAUGUUCGAGGACUGUGUGACCCAGAACUGCAGAAAGAAGAGCGGUACCCGGUGGACAUGCACUGUAUCUUUGCCGGCGCCCGGGGUCUCUUUUUGGACAGACUCAUACGGGACACGAGCGCUGAAGUUGUGGUGCCUGAGCCGGGCCGCCUGCGACUGUUGGGUCGGGCCGAACCCGUUGUGAUGGCCCAGAGCAGAGUUCAGCAGUUUGUAGCACUAUUCCAAGAGAAGCGAAGUCUGCCGAGUGACAGAGAACCAAUGGUGAAGCGAACGUUCAAGUCCUUCGUGGAGGAAAGGGAUGACAAGUACACUAUGGAGCUUCUGCUGCUGCCCAGUGCUCUGAAGGAGGAGUUACUGGGGCUGGUUCACAGCCCCACAAGCACUAAUACAUCUUCCCUGGCCCAGCUCAACCAGACGCUGCAUCCCAGCGUGGCGGAGGUCGACCAGGACCGAUCGCAGAGCAGCACCCCUGUGACGGAGCUCUCCAACCGCAUCCUGGACACCAGCUUUGAGGAGAAAGGCACGGCAGCAGCAGCAUCCAUCACCGGCAAAGCAGGAGGUGGGAUCGGUUUAGGUCCAGAGGCCGUCCUGCUCAACGGCACCAGGCCUUCACACAAGCGGCGCUCAUCCGAGAGCGAGACUCGGGAUACAAAGAGACAAUAUUCCCUGGAACGAAGGGAGGAGUCGCCAGAGAGAGCGAGAGAGAGGGAGCGACAGCGGGACAGAGAGGGUCGGGGGAGCAGCAGCAGCUGUAGAUCCAAAACCCCUUCGGCUUCGUCGUCCCUCUCCUCCUCGUCCUCGGCAAAAGCGAACACAGUGGUCGGUCAGAUCAUCCUGGACUCCAGCGAGGGCGUCUCGGACGACGGAGAGGCAGUCAGUCCAGAAACCAACCUCCGCUGCCUGGUCAAUUUUUUCAGAACCAUGGGUUACCAGCAGGAAGUGGUGGAACGCGUUGUCAAGGCAACAGGGCAGACGGAAGACACCUUCCUCGUCCUGGAGAAAAUCGUGGAGGAAACCAAGCGUUGCGAGGAGGGCUCAAAGGGAGGGGAAAAAGAGAGGCGAUUGAACUCUGUGCGUACCCCAGACGCUCCCUCCGCGUCGUCAUCCUCCUCUACGGUCUCUCGCUUCAGAGAGAAGGAGCGCGAGCUGAGCAGGGCGCUGGUGGACCCCGGCAGGUCCAAGGAGAACAUCAAACCCAACCAGCAUGGGAGCAGUAGCAACGGGCUGGGCCACCGGAGGCAGUGCAGCGGCAGCGAGACGAGCACUCAGCAGGCCAUCACUAUCAAGAGGAGUUCCAGCGCUCAAGGAGGCGCAGGAAACUACGAGGUUAUUACUAUUGACGAUGACGACGACAUCAUCCCCACGGACACCAAAACGGCAGACAGUAGAACGUCCAGGAUGAUGACGGUGGCGCACCUCGACACGCAGUCGGGAUCCAGAACAGACUACCUGGCCCGGGGAGGGGGCGGAGUCUCGCAGAGGGACUACCUGUCUCGAGGCGGGACUCAGACUUUGGGAGGAUCGGUGAAAGUUGAGAGCGUGACGGCGCUACGCAGCACGCCUCAAUGGCUCACCGCCACCACGACCUCCUUGGCUUCGACCCCCAGUUCAGCUCAGCCCAUCACUCGACCCUCGGCCUCUCCCUACCAGACCAUCGGACACAUGGGUUUUCACGGGGGUUUGGCCCGGACGCCUCCUGCCAACGACCCUCCCGCCCCUCCUGUGACCGGUUUGGCUCGUUUCCAUCAGUCGCUGCGGACUCCCUUCACCCUCAACCUGCCCAACGAGCCGGGACGUCCGGAGCUGAGACACAUCAUCAUCGACGGCAGCAACGUGGCGAUGGCUCACGGCCUUCAUCGGUUCUUCUCCUGUCGUGGCAUAGCGCUGGCAGUGGAGACGUUUUGGAGGCGAGGCCACCGGGAGAUCACGGUGUUCGUCCCUCAGUGGCGUCAGAAGAGAGACCGACUCACAACAGAACAACAUUUUCUAAACCAGCUAGAAGACCUGAGGCUGCUCUCCUUCACUCCCUCCAGAGAAGUGUGUGGCCAGAGGAUAUCGUCACAUGACGACAGGUUCCUGCUCCACCUCGCCGAGAAAACAGACGGCAUCAUUGUGACCAACGACAACCUGAGGGACUUUGUCGACACCUCGGACACCUGGCGCAGGAUCAUUCUCGAGAGGUUGCUUCAGUUUACUUUUGUAGAGGACCACUUCAUGAUCCCUGAUGACCCUUUGGGGAAAGAUGGACCUCACCUUGACUUCUUCCUGCGUAAAGAAAACAGGAGGGCUCCACCCACUCCUCCCCCUCUGAGACCCCCAGACUUCCGGCCUUCCUCCCAGCAGCAGCAGCCAGUUUACGUCCAGGCCCUUCACUCGGCUCCUCGGACCCCCACCUCCCUGAUGCCCCACCCCACCACCCACUGGCCCCACUCCGGCCCCCCAGAGUGGCACCCGCCCCGCCGCUCCCCCUCGCCGUCGCCCUCGCCCCCGCCCCAGCGGUCGCCGGGGGAGACGUCGGAGCUGAAGAGGAAGCUGUACGACAUCUUCCCCGACCAGAAGCAGCGGAUCGACCGCAUCCUCAGCGACAACCCGUAUAUGAGAGACCUGAACGCCCUGUCUGGGCUGCUGCUGGGAUAAACAAAGAACUCGCUCACUUAUGAGAGUCACACACAAUACGUACACACACAUGCAAGAAUAUACAUAUGUGUCAGCAUAAAGAUAAUUUAUUUUGCCAUCUUUUCCAACUCGGAGGACGUGGAUUUUUUUUUUUUCAUUAUUGUUAUUUCACAUAAAGACUGAUCGUCAAACUAGCUGCUAUUGGCAAAAAAAGUAUUUUUGAGGAUGUUUUAAGUUUUUUCCCUCUUCAUUUGCUUUAAAAUUGAUCAACACUGGUGUCUACAGAGCCAAAGUGUUCACAAAUUGCCAUAUUUGUCAAGCAGCAAAGUCUGUAUUGUUCACAUGGUAAUAAAUCAUUACAGUUCCCUGACAAGAGUCCAGAGUUUCCAUGAAUGUGGGACCAGCGCUUUGGGAUGAGCAAAAAUGUUUCGGACCAAGAACAGUGAGCUGCUCCCGCGGGACGGCGGCUCCACCUUUUAGCACACGAUGGGUUUUCUUCUCCUAAACUUUGUUCACCGUCAGACUUUUUCAGCACCUCUCACAGACUCGGAGCUUUUUUCUCGUUCAAAAGUCGAGCUUUUUCGUUGAUAGAGGACACCGACACCGGCAGGUUUUUGCAUGUUUUUCAAUUUUCAGCAUACUACUUAUACACUUGUUAUGUUCUGGAACCGGAUGAAUUCAGCAUCAGGGAGGUUGUUUUUGAACUCAAGUCAACAAGGUUUGAGCAGGUUUGGAGUCGUUCAACUUUUAACAGGGGAAAGCUGAGUUUAAAUGUACAAUAUUUAAACUUAAUUUCCAUCUCGAUGUACUUGUUGGAGGUCAUCAAAGCGGUGUCUUUUUUUUUUUUUUUUUAUUUCAGGAUGCAGGAUGAGAUCUGUAGCUUUAGCAACACUGAACAAAAAUCCCUAAAAAAAAAAAAAUAGCAACUUUAAUUUUAAAAUUUUAAAUUGUUUUGCAGCAGAAGCACCUUUUGAGCAUGUUUGAGGCUGUACAAAUGGGCAGUAAUUUAAACCUUUAUGCUUGUUUCUAAUAUUAUUUAACAUUCAGCGUACUGUGUGUAUAUAUCCAGGCUGAAUUCAUGUUGCUUUUUAAUUAAUUUUCCUAAUUAAAGCAGCACUGCCCAUCUCUAUCCCCUCGAAAAUGCUGCAGGUAUUUCCUGGUGAUUCACUCGUGUGCUUCUUCUAAUCUGCCCAGCACAUUUUAGAAACCUCCCAAUACUUUACAUUGGUUCAGAAUGCAUUUUCAUCUGCAAGAAAUGUCUUUUGCACAAACUACCUACACAUUCAGAGCAAAUGUGAGUAUCAUCACAAAGCCAAACCGCCCCUACACUCCCAUUUUGUUACCUUCAUGUCGGUCUGUGUUGCUUCUCAAACCUGUUAUUUAUACACAAUCUUUGACAAAAGGCUGCCUGAAUUUGCUGCUCUGAUUAUCUCGACGUGAACAUCAACAAGAAUCGGACGUUCGGUUACAGUUUAAGUCGUUCCAGGAAGUUAGAGUCACUCGUUCUGGGAUGUGAGUUUUUAAGCUUCGGUCUGCAGGCGACACACAUCAGUCCAUCUUGGUCUGGGACGGAAACAAACACUACAAGAGUUUCUCCUUCGUAGAUCGAGUUCACGCACCAGAAGUUUGGAAAAAAAAAAAAAUGUGCAAAGACUUUCUUAAUAAGUUGUAAUUAGUGUUUCAUAGCUAAAUUAAAUGAGUGAAGGUGUCGUGAGUAGGACGAGGUUUUGCUGAUGACGGCCUGUAGUGGUUUGGUUUUUUUACCCUCACACACCCGCUUCAGAUUUACUGUGCAUCCCAGUUUUUGUAAAAUACUUCAUGAUCCUUGUAAGAAAAAGAAUCUCUGCACAAAAACUUUACAAGGUGUCAAAGAAAAUCCGUUUUGUUCGUAUACUUGCUAUGUUGUCGUCGUAAGGAAUUACUGAAGGACUUUUUUUUUUUUUCUCCCUUGUAUUAUAAUUCUUUUGUGUAUAUUGAUUUCUCUCUUUUUUUUUUUUGUAAAUAUAAGCAUUUUUGGCUACAGUGCACAUAUGGUUUUAUGUAUGUGAAAGAACAAUAAAUGCAGCAUUCCCCAUA